AUGCCUCCACGAAGAGCUGUCAGAAGUCAUCCUGCUAGAUGUAAUGUUAAGGAACAAGAGUUACCCAAUGCACCUGAAGUGCAACCGCAAGGAGAAGUGACAAAUGUUGAGUUCUGUGAGGCUAUAAUGAUGCUUAGUCAAGUUGUGACCAAUAAAGUUGGGCAGCAAGGAGGAGAUCGACAAGGAGAGAACUUCACUGAGGAACUGAAAAAGGUAUUCGAUGUGAUGCAUGUUGUUGAUACUGAGAGAGUUGAGUUAGCUGCAUAUCAGAUGAAUAAUGAUGCUAGGACUUGGUUUGAUCAGUGGAAAGGAGGUAGAGAUGAAGAUGCACCACUUGCGAGUUGGGCAUGUUUUGAAGAGGCUUUCUUGGGGCGUUUUUUUCCCUACGAACUGAAAGAGGCUAAGAAACAAAAGGGACAUGUUCCAUCAUAUGCUAGUGCACCUGCACCUAAGAACAAGGGUGAGUACUAUGGUCAGAAUUCUAGGGCUAAGCCUGCCUAUUCUCAGGAGAGUGUAGUGCAAGGGGUUAGUAAGCCUCCUGCCUGCGCCAAGUGUGGUAGGAACCAUUCAGACUGGGCAUUUCAUGCGAGAGUGUCCAAAGAGCAAGCAGGGAAAUGGAAAUGGGGGAAAUAG